AUGGCCGGGAGAAAAGAAAGGGAAAAAUACAAGAGUUAUACGGAGGAGGCCUGGUUAGGCUCCGGGUCAGGCGCUAACCGGGCCUUGGCCGCGUGUCUACCGGACGAGUUACGAACGAGUAACGAACGCUCUACGGACCUGUGGGGCGUGCCUAGGACGUUAUUAGGUUUCUUAAUACUCUUUUCCUUUAGCUCUUACUUGUAUUCCGAGAGUAUCCUAGACUCUGUCUCGGCUAGUAGUAGUAGUAUAAACGAUAUAAAGUCGGUGCCUAAGAGUAUUUUUAGAGAUAUAGUCGUCCUUGAUAGUACUAAGGAAUAUUAUACUAUAGUGACGGAAUUAUUAGAAGUAGGGAUUCCGUUUGCUAUAUCUGCCCUUCUCCUAGGGUUUAAUGCCCUAGGGAUAGUUACCCUUGCCUUAGUCGUUAUAAUCUUUCAGUCCGUUAGAGGUAUCCUUAACAUUAAAUACGGCGGCUUUCUAUACCCUUCUUUCGGCCUUAAGCUCUUUAGAGAGUGCCUUCUAUUUUUCGGUGACCUAAAGAAGCAUCUAGCUAGACUAAAGGGAACUAAUGUCUUAAGAGGGGUUAGGUUUAGCUUAAGCCUUAAUAUCUCUAGUAGCUCUAGCCAUUAG